UGUUGUUUAGCCAAAAUGGCUGACUUGCGAGAAAGAAAGAAUGAAAACACAGAAAAAGAAAACGAAAAUACCAACGUAAAAACAAGUAAUACCGAAACAAAUACCCAACAAACAAAUACAAAUGCKACUAGUUAUUCUACAAAUCCAAAUUUUAAUCAAACGAUUGGUGACAAUUCGCUUGAAAACUGGAAUGCUUACUCGUACUGGUACAACGCKCAAUCUUACUACCAACAAUGCUACAUGAAUGCAUAUUACUAUUGGCAUUUCAUGGCUUCUCAAGGUUACCAGUAUGAUCCUAGUUUAGUUACACAAGUAGAUGAAGGCUYAACUCAAAGACAAGCACGGAAUGUUCAAGUCCAACCAAUUCGAUUUGAAGCUUGUGAUGCCAGAGUAAGCUCCAUACAGAAAAGAGUUUUUGCUGAAUUGAUAGAUUUCUUCUUCCUCUAUUUCACUAAAUUCCUGAUGUUUGCAAUAUUUUAUAAUAGUAUCGACAAAUACACACAAUUACAGUAUUCUCUAAUAAUUGACGAGAACACCAACCUUAAAGACUUGGAGGAAAUACUUAUACAAGCUUUAGUGUACAGAUUCAUGGUGUUUGGAUAUGAGACAUUCUUUCUAGUUGGCGGUUUCUAUGGAGAGCUAGGAGGAUCCACGCCUGGUAAACAUAUAGUUGGUCUGUCUGUACUGGCAGUUGACAGAGUGGAUACCAUUGAGAAUAACGUUAUAGAUGGAGAAAAAGUUAGGAUCUCACCAGCUGAAAAUCCUGGUUGGUGGAGAGCUGGGGUUCGAGCACUGGUCAAGAAUUUCUCAAUGACCUUUUUGUUUCCUGUGUUUCUUACAAUAUUCUUCUUCAAUAACAACCGGACAAUCUAUGACAUAAUAGCAGGGACUAUUGUYGUAGACAAGAAAUCUAUAAAGACACAGCAACAACAGCAAUGAGAYGUGUAAAUAUUAUUAAAAACAGUUCUCAACUCAUCUACUAGAAGUGGAGUUUUUUUAACACCUUUAAAAGUAAGAAAGAAGGAACAACUGCCUUAGUUAGCAAGCUGUUUUGUUCUCUCUUUUCAACAAAGUUAAAAGAAAAAUGCUGCUUGGAGGACAUUUUCAACAUGCAUGGAGCCAAAACAUUACUUAAAGUUCAACCAGCUCAGUAAGGUUAAGUGUUGAGUAAAAWUCCCACCAUAUUCUGUUGGACAAAAGGCCUAAAGCUUAAAAAAAGAUUCUAAAAGCUUUUUAAUUUUUCUUGGCUGUGUCCAGGUGUUGUCCAUGUAAAAAGUAAUUUUAAAUGAUUCUAAUAAAUUAUAUAAUUGUACACCAGAGUGAUUUUCAGUCAACCAUGAACAAAGCAUAAUAGAACGAUUUCACAUAAGCGGAUAAAAAAUCCUAGUGAGAAUCAAUUUAUGCUAAUACACAUUACACAAUAUUAAACGGCGAAAAAACAAGGAUAUUGAUGAACGCUUUACUUAUUUGACGUACAGAUUUGUUGACGUUAAUUCUGUUUAUCUGUAACAUGUCUAAAACGACAACAAAAGCAGCAAAAAUUGCACAAAUAAAACAUUUGUUUGCUUUUACAAGCAUUCCAACGUGCACACUAAGGAAAAACACUUCGUAA